AUGAAGUUUCCCUUUGUAUUCUGGUUAAUCUAUAGUACAUCAGUGCUUGUCUCUGCUAAAUCAUCGGCUGCUCCUUUUGUUCUACUUCCGUCUUCAUUUCGCGUCAAUGCUUCUAACACUAUUGUUGUAGCUCCUCUAAAGGGAAAGCAUGAAAAUGUAGAUAUUCUUAUCACUGUCACGGGAUAUAUGAAUGCUAAGAGCUCCCUUAUAUUCACUAAAAAAUACUCAGCGAGGAAGACAGGUGCUCCCCAUUCCGCCUCUUUUGACAUUACUAACAUUAUGGAGAAGGCACAAGUAACUGUGAAUGUCCAAGGUCACAAAACAUUUGAGUGUGAAGUUGGAGUUAAGCCGAACCUCGCUGCUAUACAUAUUCACACGGACAAGCCCACCUAUUAUUCCGGCGAAACUGUACGGGUCCGCGCUCUGCCGUUAACUUAUGAAGGCGUUGUGUAUGAUGGUAUGAUUGAAUUUAUUCUUGUGAAUCCAGAUGGUUUCGAACUUGUGAAAAAAUGUAACAGAACGUCCCAAGACUACAUCGGGUUGACGUUCGAGCUGCCCAAACAUCUUUUCUAUGGAGAUUGGCGUGUUCUUGCUAGACCUCAGGGAAUUAACGAUAAGGAUACCACCUACGAUGUUAUAUUCCAAGUAAAAGAUUAUGUGCUACCGCCAUUCAAGAUUAUUAUUUCCAUUUCUGAAGGACAGCCUAUCGAUUCUACUGAGAUAGGAGUAGAAGCAAGGUACUACUACGGCGUUUCUGUGUCUGGAUCCUUGACACUUUACUGCAGCACCCAGAAGUCUGAAUAUGAUUUGUCUAAGUCAAUGCGGUUGCUACAAUCCCAAAUCACCGAUGGUGUAUGGCAGAAACCUGUGAACCUUUCCGCUUGUUUUUCCGGCGAUCACCGUCGUGACACGAUCAUUUCUGUAGAGAUUCGUGAUAAAGGCAAAGGAAGUCGGGGCGAAUCAGCAGUUAUACUCGACCCUCUUGCCCCUGGCUUCGAAAUUGUCCCGCUGAGAGCACUUUUCAAUGAAAGGACAAAGGAUAUACUGAUAACGACUAACUCCAACGGAGCAACAAAUGGUGCGAUGUUAGGCGUAACAUUUCAUUGCUUAGGAGAUGUAGCACAGUCCUCAAAGAAUGCUGAGACGUAUGUUGGAGAAGUGUUUGUUUUCCCAAAGCCAACAGAUUGGGUCAGAUGUCAUGUGAUAAUGGUUCAGGCUGCGCGGCAUCUAGGGACGAUGAAGUCGCGAACGAAGACAAUGAUGUUGCCGAAGAUAUCAGAGGUACCGUCGAUGGAACCAUCAUGGAUAGCGGUCUCUUCGCCUCGAGCUGAAUACGUUGUAGGCGAAACCAUGGAAGUGACCUUGCCGAAAGCAAUGGCACGCUCAUUAAAUUACUUUGUCCUUUGUAACGGUCGCUCAACUCUUGCGUCCGGGCAAAUUAGGAAUGACGGAAUACUGAUAAUAGAAAUUACGACAGCCAUGACAGGAAGGUGCAUUCUUUUCGUUUACACCUUGGACAACAAACCAACUACUGACAUGAUCCAGUUCACUGUAAUUGAACGGUGUCAGGCAACUACUCUCUCUUCACAUAAUGUCAUCAAACCGGGAUCAUCAGUUACUUUCACACUGAAUGGAGACCCUCAUGGUAUCGCCUUCAUGCGAGCUAUGGACGACCGACUAAAUGUUCUGGAAAUGACGAAUGAUGCAAUACAGACAAAAAUCUGGGAUUUUGGGAUGUUCCAUCGUCCAGAGUUGAAGGGAGAUCAAGCGAAGUUGUUGAAUUUCGUUGCGUUCAAAGAAGUAAAAAAAGCGCUGGUGUUAAGCUGUUCUUUGGCUGCUAGUUCAUACUUCCAACGAUUUGGAAAAUGUCCAGAUGCCCAGGUUUCGCAGUCAGCUCUGUCUAAUUUUUGUUCAAAUGUGAUGCUUGCAAGAUGUAUGAAUCCUGAACAACCGACAGUAGCCAUCUCUACUGCUUGUGAUCCAAAAAAUCCACGAAAUUGUGGAUCUCUCCUCAGGAAGACGUCGUCAACCUUUGAACAUACAUCUCCUGUGCGCGCAGACCUUGAUACAAAAGACAGUUUUGUUGACUUACUAAGUGACGACUUCGAGGCGGAGAAUGACUCCAAACGUAAACUUCGAGAACGUUUUCACCAAGUGUGGCUUUUCGACACUUUUUCUCUAGGAGCCUCUGGUACUAUUUCAAAAACGUUGAAAGCUCCGGACACGGUCGGAAAAUGGAGUGUAUCAUCGGUUUUCUGGACGCGCGGACAACAUAACUUAUGUUGGGCCCCUGUUGUUCAGAUUAUAUCUAAAAAAGACAUAUUCCUUGAGAUAGAUGUUCCCAAGUCUGUUUUUGUGAACGAAACUAUCACGGCUAAAGUAUCAGUUAUCGCCCAAAAUCUUGUACGAGAGAGAAGGUACUCGGUUUGCUUGUCUGACAUAUCGCGGAAGAUCUGCGUGGAUUUGGGAUCAUUUGGACAGCUCGGACAGCCCAGCUAUUCCCGUGUUGUCGUCUCACCGUCUCAGCCAAUCGACACGAAGACGUUCACCUUGAAGUUUUUAUCUACAGGACUUACAACAGUGAUGUUCCAGCUUAGAGAAGAAACAACGUUUCCUGGUAAACAUCAUUGUGAAUUAGGCGAAGUUUAUGAUUCAGUACGACUUAGCAUUUUCAUUGCUAGACGUGACGAGACAGAAGAUGUGUACAAAAGGCUCAUAAUUGACACGAGCAAAUCAUUAAAUGACGUUAAGAAAAGGAGUUCCGAGGAAGAUGCCGUUUCUCAGAGAGACAUUUUCCACGUCGUAGAGUAUAGUUCACCACUAAACGCUGAUGUGUUGAUCACCGAUGUGCACACUAAUGUCCCCGAUGCUGACGCAGUGUACAGUUUCACUAUCGAUAUUUCAAGCUUUCUUCCCUUACAACCAUUGAACUUCAUCGUCCGACGAAAUUGCCGAAGUCUAGACUGCGAGCACGCCUUUCUAUCGGACGUUCUGAAACAGCUUUCUGUUGAGCUUUACCAGUUCAAAAGAAUCAAUAUGUUCCAAAACACUGAAGUUCGAGCUCUGGAAGCAUCCGGAGACAGAAUAGGGUCGUUGAUAUCAGAUAUGUUACGAUUCUCGGACUGCAGAAAUGAGUCAACAUGUGGAUAUUCUGAGUAUAUGGCUCCGCGAAAACCUGAAGAGCGGUCCAUUGCGCUUACUGCUAUUGCGACCUCAUUGCUUUGCGAGUCUUCUUCGGACAGUCACCUCAUAUGUGGAGGGAUACGGUUUUUGAUUCAAUCUUUUAUGAAGGAAUGGAAAGAAGAUGAUAUUGACCUCCGGGACCUCGUAUAUCUGGUUCACGCAAUGGACAGAGAAUGGUUCGUGAAGGCUCUUUUGCUCCAAGUUUCCCGUGACUGCGCUGUAUAUCAGUGUGUUAAAGACGAUGACGCUUGGUUUAGAUUAUUGUUUUCUUUUUACUCUAUUGAUGAGAACUGGAAAUGGGAUAUCCGCUCACUGGCGGCGUUGGCGUAUAUGGGAACAAACGCUACCAGCGAAGUUAUGAGGAUAAAGAUGGCUGGCUUGGCAAAACGUCACAUGCUACCCUAUUGGAAUGCUGCUGCCUCCACAUAUUUUCCUGAAUCGAACAGCUUGGAUUACUUCAAUGGAGCAAAGAGAGCAAAGAGCAACGACGUCCUAGUCAAUGCUUUGGGGAUUUUGGCGUUUGUUUCAGUGGGAGCUGAGGGCCGAAACGUCGACUGGGAUCCGCUUGCUAAUUGGCUCUACGAACAACAGUUCCAAGAUGGAACUUAUGAGAACGCCAUUGACACCUAUUUUGCUUCUCGUGCUCUCUUCGAAUAUCGCUUUCGCAAAGUUGGCAUUCGUAACAAUGAAGCUGUAACCAUUAUUGUUCGGUGUACUGGCUGUGAGACGCGAACUGUUAAUGUCAAUGAAGCUGCGACGGAAAUCUAUCUUCCUGCACAUACACGUCAUUUGACUCUAGAAAGCAAGGGACAUGGGAAAGUGAUGGUUGGCAUGCGUCUUGUUGCCCGGAAGCGUCAGCGAUCGAGGCGUGGUCUAACACAAGAUGACUACUAUCCUGUGAGAAUAAGUGUGACCCAGGAACGAGUGUAUAAAGGAGCAAUUCGCCAAACGGUCUGUUUGCGAGUACUUUCUCCAUUGGUGAAGAUCGUCGAGCUCACCCACGGUUUGUACACAGGCUACUCUGCGGCAUCUAACAAUAUUUCCAUACUACCGAACUCAACAUCGCUUACUUUCGUUUCGUUGCCCAUUGUUUCUUCAUUUGCGGCGCACUUUGUCCUUAAUGGAUUCCAACAUAAUAAAGCUUUAUGUUAUGCUGUUGGAGUGACUGAACCUGAACAUAGUCAUGAACCAUUUCAUUUGGCUCCGGUUGCAAUUACAGCCCGACAUCCUGUUGAUGAUGUCAUAGGGCUCGCAUUAAUUUCCCAUCCUGAUCAGAACCCCAGGAAACGUCGUGAUAAACGACAGUUGGGACACAAGCAAUGCUCUGAACCGGAUCUAAACAGAAAUCGUCGAGAAAUCACAGAAGAAUUCAUCGAUACAGUUUGCUUCCAAGGAGGACAAUGCUCGUGCGCAGAAUCUACAUGCGGUGUAAAGUGUGGCUUUUGUGCUAGGGACAGUAACAGUGAUAUCAAAGCUUUUAUUUCAGAGCCUGAGAACUUCGGUGCAUUUCUCCGUGUCCAGUUUGUGAACCGUGUUCUUAUCGCUAAUUCUUUUUAUACCCAUUUAAGCACAGAAGUUCGUGAAAAACGGGGAGAAGCUAAGCAUCUCAUUUCAGAAAAACUAGGUAUUUGGCUCCGUGAAUGCAAUCCGCGUUGCGUUGUUAAGGCUCCUGCUAUCAAUGAUAGUUUUUUCCUGCUUGGAGAAGCUUCAGCUAUUUCAGUGGAUGGUCUUGGAGUGCAGCAGUACGUCCUAAGAAGUCUGGACAGAUUCGAGAGAGCAACGGAAGCAUGCACUGCUCUUGCUAGUGUGAUCGUUCUUAAAUUCUUGUGGAUAACAAAUUACUAUCAAGACAAUACUCAAGCAGUGUUUGGACCGACCUGCUACGGUGAUGUCUCGAAAGUUGCUGGAUUAACAGUGGACUUCGACUUGCUUCAGUUCAAUUUAUGGGCAGAUGUUGCUGUAGAUUAUGAAACUAGUAAUAUAGUUCAGAUGAUGACAAGAUCUACAUUUAACAUUGGAGAAAAUAUUCUGGCCACUCUCAAAGCUGCAGAUUGGAAUCAGAUAGCCAUUAUCAACUGCUUCGAUUGCUAUCCAGAGGCUUCCGAUGUUCAGUCGAGGCAGUACAAUGUUUCUACCUAUUUGUCAGACCGUGGAAUUAGCAUCCUAGCACAGCUGGAAAUUUCGAAAUACUGGGACGAACCUCGGUUAGCUGAUGCCGUCGGAAAUCUGAGUCAAAUUUGCCGAGUUAUAUUGCCUUUAAUUGGUGGCAAACUACUUGACUAUGUUCCAUUUUUGAAGGCGAUGAAUUCCACUGGCCACCUGAAUGCAGAGUAUAGUAUUCUCAUUAUUCUUUGGGAUUAUCAGAUAGACCGUGGACUGUACCCGUGGGAAGGCAAUCCGACAAUGCUAACCCUCUUCAACAGGACAUACGUGCUCGAAAAUGAUGCUUUCGACAAAUCGCGUGUGCAGCAAUUCGUUUACCAGAAUAAUGUUGGAAGCUCGGCAAACCUCCUACAAACGCUCGAACUAUACGAAUCACUUUUUGUAUACGCCAACAUUCUUCACACCAAAUAUGAAUCCGACCACUCGGGGCAAUAUAAUGCAACGACUUUACGAAAUCUGAUAACUUUUAUCCAAGGUCCAUUUGGUGUCAUCUUCUUUAGCAACAAUACCCAACGCAUUGCUCCGUUUUCUCUUGCAUAUAUAAAUGACUCUGGCUAUAAUUUCAUCACUAAACUUGACGUAGAUCGCGACUAUGCAUCAGGAAAGGAGGAUCAUUGUCUGAAUUUGAAUCUCACUGGUACCAAUCUACAUUUACGAGAGGACAUACCAGCAUGUGGCUUUAAAGGAGAAAUGUGCGACCAGACUGGAACCGUCUGCGUAAUUUUCAUCAUGAUAGCAGCUGUUGCGUUAUGUAUUGGGAUCUUUUUCAGCUUCCGAAAGAUAAAACACAUUGAGUCCAUGCAAAUGCCUUGGGCAAUCGCGUAUUCAACACUUAAAUUCAUCGAUUUGGACAUCUCAGCGCAUGGGAGUCAGCAGCUAUCUAUACUUAGCCUAAAUGAACACAUGGAAACAAAGGUGGGUAAUCGCCUCUUUGUGUAA